AUGGCGACGUCAGCGCCGCCACAGGUGUCAGCACCGGCAGCGCCUAAGCCUCGGCGGACGUUCCACAUCCAACUGGACAACAGUAGCCCGGCAGAGAUUAACUUCAAGCAGCUCGUGAUUGAGAGCGAGCGUGGAUCAACUCCUCUUACACCCGGUGCCAGUCCGUCAAACACAGCGUCUAAUUCGGUUCCAGCGACCGGGAAACCCGCGCCGGCGCCACGUCCGCAGCGAUUCAACAUCAUCGAGCACCUGGAAAAACGCUACGGCGGUGGAGCUGUGCUUAACGACGGUGACGACGGCGAC